CUGCUAGUAUUUCUUUAAGUGACCGCUUUCUCCUCCAAGUUCCGACCCCGACCCGCUCUCCAACUUGACCCGGUCGCCGGCGGCAAUGGAGGAGAUGCCGCCGAAGAAGAAGAGAAAUCAGGAAGAAGGGGAACAACGAGACCUGGAAAAAGAAGCCAAAGCUGCCCGCCUGGUGUUCUUGCUGUUCGGCCAUGGCACUCAAUCGGAGCCGGAGCCGAAGCCGAAGCCCGCUUGCCCUCCCUCCCCCUCCUCCUCCUCCGACCACGACGGCGAGAGCAACUCGGACGACGACAACGAUUUCAGCGCCGAGGGCUUGAGGGCGAGGGACGCGGCGCUGAGCGUGUGCAAGUCCGUCGUCUCCAUAUCCGCCUCCACUGAUGGGGAUCCUCCGUCCACCUUCGCCUGCACGGGCACGGUCGUCGCUCAUGAGGGCUCUGCCACCUGGAUCAUAACAUCUGCAUCUCUCAUCAGGAAGCCCGAAAGUGACACCGAGGUGCACGAACCGCACGCCGUCAAGAUCGAGGUGCUCCUGCAUAACAAGAAGGUUGUGAAGGGGCGGUUGCUCAUGUACGACUUGCUGUAUAAUGUCGCCAUUGUUUCCAUUGCGCGAGCCAAACUCCCCGCGGCGAUGCUCAACGACCUCCCAGACUCCUAUUUCUUGACGCCUGGUCUGGUGGUUGCUGUUGCCAGGAAAUUUGAGUCUGGGAGGUUGCAGAUGAAACGUGGGGAGACACUCCGCGCAGCUUGCGAGUUAGAUUGCGAUGAACUCAUGGUCAGCACUUGCCAAUUUGAGCAGAAUUUUUUUAUUGGGGGGCUUCUGGUGGAUUUAGAGAAAAGGAUUCUUGGGAUGAAUUUCAUAGAUGAGAGAACCACCCCCUUCUUGCCAGUUCAGAUUGUUGGGCGAUGCCUGAGACACUUCAAAGCAUAUGGGGAAGUCAAACAACCUUGGCUUGGAAUAAGGGGUCGUUCCCUUCACUUGUUGGAAUCAGCCAGACUGGAGGAAAUAUGCCAUAAGUUCUCUAAGCCACCUUCUGGAGUUUUUGUGGACAUGAUUCCUGAAGCAUCAUCUGCAAAUUGUGGGGGCGUUGAGGUUGGUGAUAUCCUUAAUCAACUUGAUGGGGUUGUUUUGCACUCUAUAGCACAGCUUACUUCGUUGCUCCUGGACAAAAUGGAGGUUGCAAUGCAUGAGCGUAGACCAGUCAUCCUCAAGGCACUCAUACAGAGACCCAAGGACGGGGCAACGGUUGCUGCAAAGUUAAUAGUGGCUGAGCGUCCCCCCGGCGAAUGUGAUACUUUAUUGAACAACAGGUGGACACUGCCCCCGCCAACAGUGUAUUACUGGGGCCCCCCGGAUAUAUAUGAUUGGGUUGAUGACGACUCUGACUGAUGAUUUUCAGCAGCAGGUGUAGGUUGUUUUACUUCGUUUCAUCGCUGUGCAACAGCUCGGUUGACUACUAAUUUGGCAAUAGCUCCCAGGUUGAAGAGUUUUGUUCUAAGUAGUACGAGAAAGAACGAAUCAAGUUAAGACAAGCUUACUGAAUGUAUGGUUUCUUGAACUUUAAAAGUUGUCAUUCUCAUCAA